AAAAGCUGGAACUACGGUUGCCUCUAUAGAUCUGAGGAAGGAAAGUAUUGAACUAAAAGCCUCAAAAACAAGAAGAGAUGAUGGCCUCAUUUAAAACUGCGUUGCUUCUCUUUGUCGGUCUCCAGGCCUUUGCUCUGACAUCAUCUGUUAAACCUGAUGACAUUAGGAUUGAUCAGGAUGUCCUGAAAAAGAUUCAGACUGGGGAUGUCUGCCAGGACUGCACCGAAAUAUUUGAACUUCUGGAGGACCUGCUUUCAAACAAGCACAUCCAGGAAAAGAUCGUGGACUUCCUUGUACACGUCUGUGCUGACCUUCCUGGGUCAUCCACUCUGUCCAAAAAUCUGUGAAAAGCAGGUGAAGAAGAUGCUUCCACUGGCCAUCAACAUGAUUACUGCUUUCAUUCAGCCUGAAGAGAUCUGUGAAACCCUGAAGGCCUGCGACUCCAGCAAAAUGUACAAGCCUCUGAGCCUUUAUGCCAGGACCCCUGAGGCAGAUAUAACAACUGAACAUAACCUCAUCCAGUGUAGCAUCUGCGAAACUAUCAUCAGGACUGUGGAGGGUUUGCUGCCCAAAGACAGGACUGAAGAGACUGUGGCUGAGGCACUAAAAAAGGCUUGCCGUAUUCUUCCCUCCGGCAUUCGAAAAGUGUGUGAUACGAUAUUUGGAAAGUACUUCAAGCAGAUAGUGGAUUUACUCCUGGAUAACGCUGCACCAAGGAUCAUAUGCAAGGCUAUCCGCAUGUGUAAAACGCAUAGGGAAGCUUUUGGGGAAAAAUAUGAGACCUGCUCACCACCAUUCUCAGGCAUCCAUGAUGAUGCCCUCAGAAUGUUUGCUUCAUCCAACCAAGGGCCCAAACCCUAAAGAACCAAGAGUGUGAGCUGCUUCAUGGUGACCCCACUGAUGAUCCAAGUCUUUCUACAAGUCAGAAAAACUCUGUCUUGUCAUUUUAUGCCCCCAGAAGCUGCCACUGAGUAAUUAUCUUGAUGUCUUUCAUGUUCUGGUUUUGCAUUGUACCCAUGCAGUCUACAUGGAAGAAAUAAUACCUGCCAAAAUAUGGAGGAGAAAAAGAACAUCUCAAAUUGAAAUCAAAUGAAUGAUGAAAUCAUGUUGUUUGGACAAAAUAAACUUUUGACAAAUA